AUGGCGUCUCAGACUGAAGCUAUCACGACCGCCCGUGAGGAGUCGGUCAAUUCUACUAAUGGCGUUGUUCCUGGAACCGAGGCGCCCCCAGCAAAGCUCAAACGCAGUAAAUAUCGCCAUGUAGCUGCGUAUCACUCAAAGCUACAACAUUCCAGUCUCAGUCGUGAUGCGGAGGCGACGCCUAGCUUUUUGGGCUUUAGGAACUUGAUGGUGUUGGUCCUCGUGGCGAUGAAUCUGCGACUGAUUAUUGAGAACUUCAUGAAAUAUGGAGUUCUGAUCUGUAUCAAAUGCCAUGACUAUCGCAAACAGGAUCUUGUCCUCGGAUCUAUACUCUACGCAUCGGUGCCAUGCCACCUUCUCGUGGCAUACAUUAUCGAGCUAUCAGCUGCGAGGGCAGCGAAAGAAACAGUGGGCCGCCAGAAGAAGACAGAGAAAGAAAAAGAACACGAUCAAAAGGUGUUCCAGUCAACCUGGCCUUACACAGCGUUCCUGCACACGCUUAAUGCCACCCUGUGCCUCGCAGUGACCAGCUUCGUGGUGUACUUCUACAUUCACCACCCAGGAAUCGGCACACUCUGCCAACUCCAUGCAAUCAUCGUCUGGCUAAAGAACUGCUCGUACGCUUUCACAAACCGAGACCUCCGUCUCGCGCUGCUCAAUCCCGCCGCUGACCCCGGUUUACCUGAUAUCUACUCCUCAUGCCCGUAUCCGAGGAACAUCACCAUCAAAAAUUUGGCAUACUUCUGGCUCGCCCCAACACUGGUCUAUCAGCCCGUCUACCCGCGCACUCCGUCGAUCAGAUGGUCCUUCGUCGCAAAGCGCCUGGCCGAAUUCGUCGGUCUGGCCAUGUUCAUCUGGCUUUUGUCCGCGCAAUAUGCUGCGCCUGUACUGCGCAACUCAAUUGAUAAGAUCGCUGUCAUGGACAUUGCCUCGAUCUUGGAGCGAGUGAUGAAAUUAUCUACCAUCUCCCUAAUUAUCUGGCUUGCCGGAUUCUUCGCAUUGUUCCAAGCUCUGCUGAACGCUCUGGCGGAGGUCAUGCAAUUUGGUGAUCGUGAGUUCUACACCGACUGGUGGAACAGCUCCAGUCUGGGUGUGUACUGGCGAUCGUGGAAUCGGCCUGUCUACCUAUUCAUGAAGAGACAUGUUUUCUCACCGUUGGUUGGUCGCGGCUGGAGUCCUUUAGCGGCUAGUGGGAUGGUUUUUACAUUGUCUGCUGUUCUGCAUGAAAUGCUUGUCGGCAUUCCCACGCAUAAUUUCAUUGGUGUUGCUUUCUUUGGCAUGAUGUUCCAGCUGCCAUUAAUCGCUCUUACUACACCUUUGGAGAAGGUCAAGGGGCCUCAGGGCAAGGUUAUUGGCAACUGUAUCUUCUGGGUUAGUUUCUGUCUUGUUGGUCAACCUCUUGGGGCACUGUUGUACUUCUUCGCCUGGCAGGCCAAGUAUGGGAGUGUGAGUCGCAUGCGCCCUGAUAUGCCAACGGUACCUUGA